AUGGUUAGAACCUGGUCGCGGUGCUGUAGUUUUCUGAGCAGAUUCAUGGCUCUAAACGGACUCUACACCUUCUAUUUCGACGCGAAGAAGAACGGAUUUAGGGACUCGUGGAAGCUGAAGACGUACUGCCUGUUACAUCACCUUGUCUGCGUUCUGUCUCUGGCCAGGAUGCUGUACAAUUCCGCCGGAGAUAUGAGGAUAGGUGUGAGCAUCCUCACCAUGGGCAGCACAGCAGGCUUUUGCAUACACUCCUGCUGGCAGAAGCGGCAGGGUAUCCGGAAGCUGUCCAAUGGGCUAAUCCGCAUGGAGGCCAAGUUCUUCGUUGGAGUGCCAAGCAGCUCGGUGCUGAGGCAUCGAUUCUACCUGAAACUGGUCUUUGUCUCAAUCACCUUAAUAAGGAUCCACUUGUUUUAUCCCUUUUACAUGAAGCGACUGCUGCCGCAUCUGUUCGUCUUGAACCUGGUCUGCUAUUGGCAGGUGUACAACAUGCUCCUGGCCGCCGCUUUUUGCUUCUACUGUCUCCUGUGGCAGAUAUGUCGCAGUCAGGAGAUCAUUAAUAAUCGAAUGCUGCUGCUCCUGUCCAGAGCUAGGACGAAGAAUCGACUUCGGGAGAUGACACGCUGCCUGAAACUCUACUCAAAGUUGCUCCUACUCUCCAACCAGGUUAACCUAGAGUAUGGACAUGUUUCGGUCUGCGUCCUGGCCUGCAAGAGUUGGUACCAGAUCACCCAUGGCUACGAGAUAUUCCAGAUGGUGGCCGCCCCACAGUCCAUUGACAUGAGCCUGGGCAUUAGGAUAUUUGUGGUGUUGACCUAUAUCCUGGAUGCUAUUAACAUGGUUUUUGCCACGGAUGUGGCCGAAAUGUUCACCAAGUUGAGGGAGGACUCACGGCGCAUCUUGCGCGAGACAAACAGAAUGGAUCGCUUGCUGUCGAUGUUCGCCCUGAAAUUGUCCCUGCAUCCCUCGAGGGUCGUCUUUCUCAACGUGUUCACCUUUGACCGAAAACUGACGCUAACGCUCUUUGCCAAGUCGAUGCUGUUCACAAUCUGCUGGCUGCAGGGCGACUACAACAAGCUCAAGUCCUAG